UGAAAAUGGCGGGUCAUGUCGGCCUCGGUGCUACGAGCGGCAAUAGCGGUGGUUGUCGCCGACGUUGUUAGCCCUCGACACGGGGGGACAUCACACGUGAGUCGUCGGCGGUCGUGUAAAUCACCGACCGUACGCGUCGCGUACGGGAGAUUUUCCCGCCCUCCGAUUGUUGCGUGUCGCUCGCACGCAUUCACGCGCAACACGCACGCACGCUCGCUCGCUCGUUCGUUCGUUCGUCGUCGGGUAGCGUGUCGUUGAAAACGGAACGAACCGAACUGAACAGCGGAACGUUAUACCUGUGUAUGUACCGAGUGUUGCGGAGUGUUGUGAAUAACAGUUUGCGGUGAGCACGCACGUAGUAUUCUGAUCUAAAAAAGAGAGAGAGAGAGAGAGAGAGACACAGGUAGCGACCGUGCUUUCCUCCCCGCAGGCGAGAGGGAGGAAUUAAAGGAGCGAGAGAGACAAAGCGGAAAGAAGGAGAAAUAGAGAAGGACAGAGAUAGGGCAAUAGAAAGAGCGAAACCCCUCCCCUCUCUUCCCCGGGGAACAGAGACAGACGGGCAGAGGACGCACUAGCGAGGCAGACGGGAGCGAAAGUUUGGUAGUAGCGGAUCAACGAUGGGCAAACAAACACCGUGGAGUGACUAUGCCCUGAGAUGUUGACUGUAUCAUUCAGUUGACGAGAUAGUUGGCACGUGUGAGAGAAAAGGAGAGCAGAUCCGAGAGUCCACCGGGGAAACUGCCAGAGUGAGACUGAGAGAGAGAGAGAGAGAAGGAGUAAGACGGCGGUAAUUAGGUAGAUAGAGAGAGGUGCGAGUGCCGCGUUCAGCGGCAGCGACCGCGAGAUUGUAACACACGUUGCGGAGGACGACGAAGUCUUGAUGCCGAUGCCGGCCGAAUACCACGAGGGCCACGGUAACCACGAGAACGCCAAUUUCGCUCUCGGGUCCACGCAGGACGCCAACAACAUGACGGCCAACAUGUACCGGGUGGGAGAUUACGUGUAUUUUGAGACUGCCACCUCGUCGCCGUAUCAGAUUAGGAGGAUAGAAGAAUUAAAUAAGACCGCGAACGGGAAUGUGGAAGCAAAAGUCAUGUGUUUCUUCAGGCGGAGGGAUUUGCCGACUACCUUAGUUAUGCUAGCAGACAAACAUCAAUUGGCAAGCGCGGAGCAGCAGAGGUCAGAAUCCCCUGCGAGUACACAGAAUCCGAAACUCGAGAAUCCCGACACUACUAAGGAAAUGACUAAUAAAGAUGGUAUCGGGCCCAAAGUGAUGAUCAAAGGGGGCGGGAAAGGGGGCUGGCUGAAGGCCCCAUUAUCAGAGGCCCAAGAGCCCCAUGGGAUGGAAGAAGGUGUUCCCGGAGGUGUAACCGAAUUAAGUUCUAAACAACGGCAUCAAAUGAAACAUCGAGAGCUGUUUUUGUCGCGACAAGUGGAAACUAUGCCGGCCACACACAUCAGGGGCAAAUGCUGCGUUACGUUAUUGAAUGAAACCGAAUCAUUGACGAGCUAUCUAAACAAGGAGGAUUCAUUUUUUUACUGUUUAGUAUUUGACCCUGCUCAGCGUACUUUACUUGCUGACAAAGGCGAAAUUAGAGUAGGUAAUAGAUAUCAAGCAACAGAAAUACCGGCGAUAUUGACAUUGUCAGAAAGAGAGACGGAUACUCGCAGGUUACAAGACUUGGAGUCUUUGGUUUGGACUCCGAAACACGAUUUGACAGAUCGUCAAAUUGAUCAAUUCCUCGUCGUUAGCAGAUCAGUAGGCACCUUCGCGAGAGCCUUAGACUGUUCGUCCUCCAUUAAGCAGCCCUCCCUGCAUAUGUCCGCAGCUGCUGCAUCUAGAGAUAUUACUCUGUUUCAUGCGAUGGACACAUUGCAUCUGCAUGCCUACGACUUAUCGAAUGCCUUAGCAUCUCUAGUACCUAGUACCGGCCCCGUAUUGUGUCGGGAUGAGAUGGAGGAAUGGAGUGCAUCCGAAGCGAAUCUGUUCGAAGAGGCGCUUGAAAAAUAUGGAAAGGAUUUUGCGGAUAUACGAGCGGACUUUUUACCAUGGAAAUCGUUAAAGAACGUAAUUGAAUAUUAUUAUAUGUGGAAAACGACAGAUCGGUAUGUCCAGCAGAAGAGAGUGAAAGCUGUAGAAGCGGAAAGUAAGCUGAAGCAAGUUUACAUACCGAAUUAUAAUAAAACUCCUACGUCGACCACUGCUCCUUCCACCGCCACGAUUGUACCUUUGGGCAAUAGUAAUAAUAACAGUAACGGAAAGCCAACAAGUGUUUUAAACGGUAAUAGUAAUGGCAGCAUGAUGGGUGACAAUUCCGGAAUACUUAUGGUCGGAGUAGGUGGAAAACCUUGCGAGGGUUGUCAGGUCGUUCAAAGUUCACAGUGGUAUUCUUGGGGACCGACGCAUAUGCAAUACCGUCUUUGCCAAUCUUGUUGGACAUACUGGAAGAAAUAUGGAGGGCUCAAAGUACCGUCGCGCAUAGACGACGUCGAUCUCGAUAGGAAACGCGCCGGCGCCGGUUCGGACGAAGAGAGCAAGGGGAUGAGCGGCGCGCACAGGCCGCAUCGAUGUAGCAUUCCCUCCUGUGGCAAGGAGUUCAAACUGAAGGCUCACUUGAGUCGUCACUACGCGAGUGCGCAUGGAGUGGAUCUGCGCGGCACCGCCGGAAGCGGCGGCGGCGGCGGCGGAUCGCCGCGGCCGGUUAUGAAAACCCGGUCCGCGUUCUACUUGCGCACCUCCUUGCUGGCGCGCGCCGCGCGACGUCUGUGCGCCGCACAAUUGCGCACACGUCACGCCGCGCGGGCGCCCCAUCAGACGGUGAAUGCCGCGCCGUUGCGGCACCUAUGCGCCCAGCUGGCAUCUAAAACACCUACGGAACUACGUAUCCUUGCACGCGCCGUACGGCCUCGGCCGCGUCCCCAAGUGAUCGACAUCGCCUCGCGCUUAGGUGAUCAUCCAGCACCUCGACAGCCCGGUGACUGGGACUGGUUGACACUGACUGCACCAGCACAACGCAAACAGCCCGAAAGAGUCUCAUUUCCACGUCCGCCGAAAGCACCGGACGGUAGUCUUUUAUACGAGAGGGUACCAAAUAAACCUGAAGUGGACAGACUCACAUUGACGCCACCCCAGCCACAGCCUGUCAUGUCGACCCAACAGAAUAUCUUGAAACGCCCCAGAUCGUUCGAUGAAAUUAACGGCUCAGAUGGUAUCGCCCUGAACUCAGGGCUUCCUUCUGGUGCCCCGCCCGCGAAAAGAGCUCAUCAUCCGCAGCAACUGCAUCCGAAGCACACGCUGGAACAUCCCACGCCUGCAGUUCUUCCUCUCGCGCCGCCUCUUAAUGGCAGGGCCUCUCAUCCGUUGCCUCACGGUCCACCGUUAUCCAGAAGUAACGCACGUAAGCAAGUCAUGUCGUGGAUGGACGCACCCGAUGACGUGUACUUUCGCGCCACCGAACAGAUUAAAAGAGCUAGAAGAGCUCUGUCUUCGGUGGAGUUACGAAGAGCAGCGCGCAAACCGUGGCGCAGAAUGUCGUUCCCCCUGAAUCCACUUCACCUCCAAAGAGCAGGUCGCCAAGACGAAACGGUUGUCAUCUUGGACUGAAUUCGAACAAUCAAGAUGAACACAAUCGAAUGACAUUGUAUGUCGGUUCGCUAAUCGCGAAGCAUGACUCUGUUAACGUAAUCUUUAACAAGUGAAACUACAUAUAGUGAAAAGGUCACAGUUUCGUGUAUUGUCAUCGGCAGCUCCGAUGGAUCAAAUAACAACUGCUAACUUUAAAAUCGAAAGAUCCUAAAAGUUCUAUGACAAAAUUUCCUCAUUGAAGCUGAGCAAGUCGUAAUAAAAAAAAGGCCUUGCUUGACCGAACAUGCAUGUUGAACAAUCGAGAAAAUCGUUGAACUCUAACGACUUUACUAAGUAUGAAGAAUUAUUGUUCAGCAAACUAAGUCAUACAACGCGAAACAUGAUUUUUUAUUGUAUUAAUUAUUGUUGUUAUUAAUAAUAAUUAUAUUAAUUGAAUGUACAUAUACUACACAUAGCCAUGUAACACACACAUACACACACUUGGUUUAUAUAACAUGAUAUAUAUAUAUAUAUAUAUACAUAACACAG